GUUUUGCAAAAAAAGGUAUUUCUCCUCCUAUCGCACCACCACCAACGCAAACCCUCACCACUCUCUCCUUCGUCUCCCUCGUCGCCGGUGCCGUCGGCAUGCUCCGCCUGCGAAGCUCCAUCCUCGCCCAUCUCCUCUCUUCUUCUCCGGUCGCCUCUCCCGUAUCCCCUCUCCACUGCCUCAUAUCCGCCACCGCGCCCGCCAUUCCCCCGAACCCUAGUGGCUUCGCCAUGGAGGAGUACCUGCGGCCUGACACAAGCGUAGGCCGUCAAGGCCUCCGCCAAGCUCUCCCACCUCAAGUCCCCCGCCAAGCCCGACGCCGUCCUCGCCUUCCUCGCCGGCCUCGGCCUCUCCGGCGCCGAUGUCGCCGCCCUCGUCGCCAAGGACUCGCGGCACCCCAACCUCCGGCACCAACAAUGGCGGUCUAUAUACUCGACCAUUGGCACAAUGCAUCCUUUAUUCACUUGGUCAAAGGGAAAACGGAUUCCCCAAAUCUGAGAAGUUUUACACAGCAGUUCCCUGGUACAUCUGAAAAUAAAAAGAAAGAACCUGAGAAGGUGUCUAAGCCUAAUGAUGCGACUGAUGCAGAAGAUGCCAGAACAGAUAUUGUCAGUUUUGAAGUUGAUGACCUACGUGUAUUGUUCAAUUUGUAUGUAAAUGAAGUUUAUCUGUCAAAGUUUUAGCCUGCUAGGAUAGAAAUGGAGUGCGCCAUUCUGGAGUAUUGGAAAAGAAUUCAUUAAUAUGCUUGUAUUUUGGAUAUUGUUCUGAUGCACAAGGCGUAAUUGUAGAACAUGAGGGAGGGUCUGUAAUGGCAGAUGUACGACAAAUGUUGCUUUGCUUCGAGUAUCUACCUAGAGGGAGUUUUGAUAA